AUUCACAUCUCCAUUUCUCUUUUGCCUUUAUCCCCAACGACAUCUCAUUCAGCUUCCGACACUCGCCAAACGCAACGCCAGCGACACCACAGCCACGAGCGAGGCACUUGACAAAGAAAGUUUUACUUCGACAGCUUUUGCAUUAUUGCACUUUUUCCCACAAUCGACUCAUAGAAGUGAAACAACAAGGCCAAAAUGGCUUACCCAACUCUCCCGCCAAAUCUCCUCAGUACUCCCAACACCUAUUCUGACUCCGUUUCUCCCACCGAUCCCGAGCCAAUCACCCCUGAACUCGUCUCACGCGAGCCAGAAAAACCGGCUCAGAAGGCGGCGAAAACAGCGAUGAACAACACCAGUACUGCUUCCAAACCCAGUGAAAGCAAGGGCGAGACAUUACCGUGCAAGUGGACGGGAUGUUCGCAUAUAUCAGAUUCUCCAGAUGAGCUGUACGACCAUUUAUGUACGGUCCAUGUAGGGAGAAAAAGUACAAAUAAUUUGUGUUUAACUUGUGGAUGGGAAAAUUGUGGUACCAAGUGUGUGAAGCGUGAUCAUAUCACUAGUCAUCUUCGAGUGCACACUCCGUUAAAGCCACACCCAUGUGCUGUCUGCGGAAAGACUUUCAAGCGUCCUCAGGACUUGAAGAAGCAUGAAAGGAUCCACACUGCAGAGCAUCACCAACUUCACAAACUCUCUAAAGCACCUACAACGGCCGACCCGGAGUUCAACUCUCGGGUCUCCCUCUCUUCCGCCACCCGGAUUGAUCGUCCCCGUUCUCCGCUUUCUACCUCGCUUUCACCUACUAGUACUUCAUCCCACAGCCUUCACUCUUCGUCCUCACCCUUCGACCACCUCCUCGCAACCGGGUUCCAUACUGACAAGUCCGUUUCACCCACACCGAGCGCGUUGGCGUUGUUGCACAAGAAGCAGCAUGAAGAGUUGGCGGCGUACCAGCAAAAGGAAAUGCUGGUGCUCCAGCAGUUGGCAUUUAACCAGCAGCAAAGCCAAGCAUAUGCUGCCAGGCUUGCUGCUGAACCUUUUGGUACUGGCGCCGGUGCCAAGCGAGGGCAGGCAGAUGCUUUCCAUGACUUGUUGUCGGAUGUGAAGAAGCGCAAAGUUGAGCCUGUUUAUGACCAAGACAUGAUUCAUCGUCUCAACGCCCUUGUCCCCCCAUCUCUUCCAACAAGUUUCCCCACCCUUCCGUCUUUGGGAGGAUAUAACCAAUAUCAAACCUUCCCAUCUUUCAAUGGCUAUCCUAGCCUUCCAUCCCUCCACACCAGCAUCUAUCCUACCACCGCUCCUCAGGCCCAGUACUCAAAUCAGAGCCCUUUACCUAUACCUGAAAUCAAGACCGAGGCUGAUCUGGCCAUGUUCAACGAGUUUAUGAUCUCUUUGGGCCGGGAUGCUGCUGCCAACAAAGCUGGUCCGCACCCCAUGACGCAGAGUGCUUCAGGCAGCGGCGCAUCCAACGGGUACUCUGCCAGUAACAGCGGUACUCCACUCUCUGAGACGAGUGGCGGUGUGGAAGACCUGUUCAAUGCCGAAGAACUCGCUUCAUUAGGUUUGGCAGGUAUGCCUGGUAUCUCAAUCCACUCUGGCGGCUCGCACAACAGCAACGACGAAAGCACACACAGCCUUUCCGAUGCUUCGCCUCCAGCCGUUUCCUUUGGUGGACUGUACCCUUCACUUGACGCGAUGCGUAACCGUACCAACAGCGCGCCGGAUGUUUCGGCAUUGUCUGGCGCUGCCAGGAGACCCAUCGCGGGGUUACCUCGGACUAGCAUGGGUAAUGCCCACAACACUUCGACCAACCAAUCGACGAAGCCGAGUUAUCUGUCUGGGAUGUUUGGUCACAGUUCUAGCCAACAGUACGAUGGGACUACGCACAACUAUCUCCAUGGCUUGUCAAACGAGCAUCACAAUGAUUAUUCUCACUCGGCGAACAAUGGCGCUACCAACGCGUAUGCCUCGUUUGACUCACUCGCGAGGAAUAAGCAGUCCUUCCCUGCUGCCACUCUUGCGCCAAAAAUGUUCCAUAACAAGGUAUACAGGGAUGUGGCGCCGUUGGGUACUGCCGUGUCUAAGCGAGCGAGGGAAAGUGCCGAGCGGACGAACGUGGAGGACUCGGAUCGUGAAGAGCUGUAUGCGGAUCAAGAGUCCAAUCAUGGGUAUGCCGUCUCCAACGAGCGUGCACGAGAAGAGAGAACGCCCAAGAUUCCUGUGCGAUCACUCAUCGCUUCAAUUCGUACCCUCUCUCCAUCUACUGCGGCCGAUGGGGAAGACGACCUCAAGCUUCCUGCGAUUUCACCAUCACAUGUCGAGCCCGGUACAGAUUUGCCGCCUCUUUACUCUAUCCAGCGUGGGGGGCACAGUUCAGGACAGUAUCGACGUGCGUCAUCACUCUCGUCCAACUCGACUAGUACUUCUGGCUCGUCCAGCUUUAACAGCUCGCUCGCCCCGUCGAAUGUUGCCUCUGGCACGACGACACCAAGAGGCUCGACGCCUCCCAGGGGUGUACCCACCAAGAGGCAUACAGAGGAUGAGAUUGUCCGUGGGGUCAAGCGACUGGAGUUGGGUCCCGCUGAGCCUCUGCGGUCAACGACGCCCGAGUUGCCCGAUUCUGGCACGACUGAACAGGCGCUCGAGAGGGAUCAGAAGCCCGACAUUUCCGCUCUUUCCUUAUCGUCCUCUCCUACUCCACCUUCUAAUAACCCACCGCCGUCCGUCUCGACAGCCAAUGAAGAAGGAAAGGACAUGACGAUAGAAGAGAUGAGAAGAAGGCACGCGGCGUUGAUCAAGAGUUGGCUUGUAGCUGUCAAUUUGCAGUGGAGGAGGAAGAAGAUGGAGGAGAUGCAGAGGCAGCAGCGGGAAGAGAUGGAGGAGCUUGAAGAAGGAGGGGAGGCGAUGAAUGUGGAUGAGAGGGAGAGGGAGAGGGUUGAGGUGGUUGCUUAAGGGGUGGCCAAUUCUUGCUCGAUGUGUCUGCGUUUUAUGUUCAUGGGAUGAGAGGGUAUUGUCAUGGACAAGGUUGAAUUUCUUCGUUUUUUUUUCCUUUCUUUUUUCUUUAGACUGCAAUUUGAUCGAGUGGGAUUUUCGUUUUCAGUCUCGCUUAAUAGGUGUGCGAUAUGUUUUUGUUGAAUAAUCGAAAAAAAUUAGUUUGAAAUUCUGGUAAAAGG